GUAUGCUACAUUUUUCGCCUUGGAGUCAAAAAAUGGAUACGUUAACUCAUAGAUUUUAAAAUAAGGCACAAUAAUCAUUAUCACCAAAUUCACAACCAAAAACUGGAAGAUUAAAUAAUCUCUCACUUUAAUAGCACCCAAAAAAAAUGAACUCAUAAUUUUACAAUCAUCAAAACAGCAUAAUUCAGGAGGAAUCUAAAUAAUAUAAUAAUGCAAGCAGUUAAACAGAUUUACCUUCAUUAGAAAUGGAGGAAAAAUUAUUUGCAUAAUAAUUAGAACAAUCAUCAAGAAAAUAUCAGCAUGCUAUGCUUCAAACAAAAAAUCAUUAUCAUCAUUCAACUAUCAUAAGUUUAUUAUAGACUAUUCAUUUUAAAUCAGAUUAAAUCUAAUCUCUUAAAUAAAAGGCAUAAUAGCUAAAAAAAGUCAUUGUACAAAAUAAAAAUAGAACUAUUACUGUUAUUGUUGUAAAUAAUGCUGCUUAAUUUGUUCAUUAUUUACUAAAUUCCAAUUACUUUGAAUAGUCUUCAGGUAAUUUUUUUAAUACAUAACACCAUCCAUCUUUCUUUAUUACUUAAAUAACUAUUUCAAAUAGUAAUUCUUCAAAUACUGUACAUUCCUAUUAAGAUUUAUUGACUGUAACUAAAAAAAACAGAAUAUAUGAUGUGGCUUUGAAUAGAUUAUUAUAUGAUUAAUCUUAAUCUUUUAUACAUUAUUGUCCUGAUAUUGUGAUAGUAACUAUUGGGAAUCUUUAAGAAGAACUCUCUAAUAAAUAAAGGGAUAAGUCGUUUUUGGUUAAGAGUGCAGAAUAAUUGUAAAAAGAAACUAUGAGAUAGACUAAGAAAAGAACAAAAUUUAAAUUAAAAGAAUUAAAUUGA